AUGGAAGCGGGAAGCCUUCUCCUUAGUCCAAUUCCAUGGACCCCAAAACGCCCUCUCCGACGUCGUCUUGGCCCCACUUUCCCGCGCCCCAUUAGGGCUUUGAAUUCAGAUAGUCGUUACAAAGGCCCCAAGCCACAGAGAAAUUGGGUGGCCGAUUGGGUCUCCAACAACGACGACGCCGUUCGGAGCUUGCCGAUUUACGCGGGAGGCGCCUCCCUCUUGGCCGUCCUCUUCAACCGCACCGUUUCGGACAUCGCUCUGGUCGCUGACGCCAGCAGUUCACAGUCUAGAGCUGAUUUGUUGACGUUGGGAUUGGCUGUGACCAACAUACUAGCAGGUCUGGUGAAUCCCGAAGGGAUCGAAUGCGAGAGAAUGCAUUCUAAUCUCCCAAACACCCUGCUUUCUGAGUUAUUGUGGGCAUGGGAAUCUCUGUCAGAUGUGACGUGCUGCCGGUCUCUUGUUAUAGUUUAUGAUGGCAGAUGUAUCCUUCAGAUUGGUUUUGCAGCAGAAUCUUCUAAUGGUAAUGGCAAGGCUGUGUCUGUGGAUGCUGAUAAACUGAUGCAAGGAUCACUCUAUCGAGGUGUUAUGAAAUCAGGAGUUCAGAGCUAUUUGGCAAACCUAUAUCUUUAUCCUGGAAAAUCUGAGCUGCCAUUUCUGCCUUCAAAUACACAGGCAGUAAUAUUGCAGCCACUUGGAGACAAAGGGAUCACAAUAAUUGGUGGUGACACGGUUAGAGGAUUCACAUCUGCCGAUCAGGCAUGGAUUUCAUUAAUUGGAGAGAAGCUGGAUUCUACUCUAGCAAAGUAUGUGGAUAACCCCACAUUGGUUGUGCAAGAUCCAGUUUUCAAGUAA